CACAAGGACAGUCGGUCGGGCAUCCGUGUGGAAGACGCCUGAUGCCCGUUACAGACGAGGAUGCCGCCAUCCAGGCCAUCGCGACUCUAGAGAAUCUAUCUACCAAACAGACCGAAGCUCUCCAAGCCGUCAACACAAUCCUCCAAAGCGACGAUCCCUUUGUCGAUGUUCACCAACUCUUCAAACAUUACAACGUCUUGUAUUUUCGGGGGAUCCUCCUCCCUCGCGUCGAGCUGCUAUGGUCCCCACGGUUGACCCUUUGCGCCGGGAUUUGCGAACUAUCAAAAGACCCGGUAACCGGGACAUUCACCCGCAUCCGCCUCAAACUGAGCUCAUCACUGUUACAAUACCGGCCCCGCAGCGAUACAAUCAACACGCUCCUCCAUGAAGCCAUCCACGCCUACUUCUUCAUAACCACAUCCUGGCACCACUCCCGCGGCGAUGAUGGAACCGGCCACGGCGCAGGCUUCCAAUUCCUCGCCGACGCCAUCAACAACCACGGCCGCUACGCCAUCACAAUCUUCCACACGUUCCACGACGAAGUCGACAGCUUCCGCACCCAUGUCUGGAAAUGCAAUGGCACUUGCCAAAAUCGACCGCCGUAUUUCGGGGUCGUGAAGAGGAGUAUGAAUCGUGCGCCUGGGAAGUCGGAUCCGUGGUGGGCGGACCACGAGAGGGAGUGUGGGGGUACGUAUGUAAAGGUUUCGGAGCCCGAGGUGACGAAGAAGCAGAGGGAUGCUAUGAGUUUGAAGAAGAGGGCGGGCUUGCAGAAGAAUAAGCUUGAUGGUUGGGUUAAGGUGGGUGCUGGUGCGGGGAAAGGGUCAGUAGAGGAGGGUAAUAUUUCCUCUUCUUCCGUGGUUUCAAGUGGCAAGCGUGGAGCUGCAGUUGUGAUUGCAGAAGAUGACACCCCAGAUCGUAAACGGCGUAGAAGAGCGCCGGGGGAUGAUGGAAGCCCGGGAAAGCCUGCUGAGAAGAAGAUGAUGGUGGAUUGUCCGAUAUGCUACCAGCGCGUUCCAGAGUUAGAUAUCAAUGAACAUUUAGACGUGGCUCACCACGUACAGUAAUAUACUCUAUCCUAUCGACACUCGAAACCUUCCACAAUGUCUCCAAUCAAUAUAAUACAUUUCAGUAUACAAUACGUCCCAACUAACCUACCAC